AUGCUUUUUCAAAGAGAUGAUCUUGUCAGGAUUAACAGAAACGAGGUCAUUAUUCCGAAAGGCUUGUUCAGAAAUGAAAAAGAAUUGGGAAAGUUUGUCAGGCAACAUGAGGAUUAUCUACGAGAACAUCUCCUGGGCUCAACCGAGUUCAAUCAGGCAAUUGAAACCGAUCCGAGAAAAGAACUUCACGAAACUAAAUACAAGAAAUUCGAUUUUACUGCUUUCAGCUUGGCUGAAAAUAUAAACUUGAACCUACAACAGUGUAAUCGAUUGCAAUUGAACUCUCUGGUGAUGAUAAGCAAGGCAGCAGAGGUAAAGACUUCCUUGCAUGAGGUGCUACAGAACCUCCUCACAAUCAUUGAAUCAGGUGAAGACCCUUACUUGAAGGAUUUGAAAAGAAUUAUACUUCCGGAACUAAGACUACAGUUGGAUCACAAUGUUGUGGAUAAAUUUUGGUUUCGUUUGGCAGGAAGCUCGGUUUGGUUAAAAGAUUACGGAGUACACUAUAUGGUAUCUCGGAUUAUGUACAGCCACAGAGGAACAAGAGAUGGUCCCCUACUUUCUCUAUCAUACGCGCAAUUGUAUGACCAGAAUUGGAACGAGUUGGUGGGCACAAGGCUAUUGGUUCCCAAAAUCCGCAAUGCUACGGGUGAUAAACAGUACAUUCUUCACUUCCCACAGAUUAUCCCUAUCCCCUUCUAUCAAGAUGAGCAGCUAAAUGAAUACCAGUAUUAUGGGCCCGAGGAUCCCCGAUUAAUGUUGGUCAAGAACAAAGCAGGAUACGAGGAACCGUUGGUUUUAUUCAACUCGUACAGAUGUAAAAUGGACACUUUUGACGAUGAUGAGGACGAUAAGUUGGUAACUAAGGAGAGGUGCUACCGUGCUAUGUCAAUUUGUUGGCCAUGGCAGUUGGACGAACGAAAAUUCAGCAAAACAGUUGAGUUAAACAUUGAAAACUAUAGGCUCAGAACGCAGAAGAAUUGGACGCCAUUUACGAGUCACCUUGAUCGACAAGUUGACGGUUAUGACUCACAUAUUUAUUUCGUUUAUAGGUGGGCUAACUUAGACAUUUUAAAGUGUGAUUUGCAAGGUGCCUGUUCAUACGAUUACAGAUUCAACACACUGUUAUCACUUGAAAACGACGUGGGACCCUUUCGAGGAGGAACUCAGUUGAUCAAUUUGAAUGAUAUGGUUGCCGUUAAGGAUAACAAAGAAGUAUGGGCUGGUUUCGCUAGAGCGCAUAUUGAUGAUUGUGGUUGUGGAAGCUCGAUGUACCGCCCAAAUUUGGUAGUGAUUAUCAAAAAACGAAAACAUUCCCGCAACUAUUACAAGGUUACUCACAUAUCCUCCUCAUUGUCCUUCGAUAUGUAUGUUCCAGGAUGGGAUUUGUUAUAUCCUCAAGAUUCAUGCCUUCGAUCGAGUGUUUUGAUUCCAAAUGGGGUAUCUCAAUGGGUAGCCGACAGGGACUCUGCUGGAGCUGUGGUCGACGACUACUUGACGUUGACAUUGUCCGUUAGUGACUACACUGUGCAUAGGAUUAAUGUUAAAGGAUUGUUGAAAGAAUUGAUCAAUUGGGGAACAUUCGAUUAUGACAUCAUGGGAAACACUCACCAUGCUAAUGAUAACCUUGUGUGUGCUUUACAGUCCUCAUUUGAGUUUUGUACUAAAUAUGGACUUGAGCACCAGUUAAAGAGGAAAAAUAAAAAUCCAAAGGAUGAUGACGGGAUGACAAUAGAUCCAAAGAAAGUCGAGUACUUUAAAUACGUACAGAGAUACGAACUAAGAGGUGCACCUGAAGCGUAA